AUGCCAAACUGGGGAGGAGGAAAAAAAUGUGGUGUGUGCCAGAAAACCGUGUACUUUGCCGAAGAGGUACAGUGUGAAGGCAACAGUUUCCACAAAUCCUGCUUUUUGUGCAUGGUUUGCAAGAAGAACCUGGACAGCACAACAGUGGCUGUGCAUGGAGAAGAGAUCUACUGCAAGUCAUGUUAUGGCAAGAAGUAUGGGCCAAAAGGCUAUGGAUUUGGACAGGGAGCAGGGACCUUAAGCAUGGACAAGGGGGAAGCACUGGGGAUCAAACCUGAAGAGCACCAACCUCAUUAUCCCACCAACAACCCCAACGCAUCCAAGAUAGCACAGAAAGUGGGAGGUGCUGAUGGCUGUCCCCGUUGUGGUCAGGCUGUGUAUGCUGCUGAGAAGGUGGUUGGAGCUGGGAAGUCAUGGCACAAAGCCUGUUUCCGAUGUGCAAAGUGUGGCAAAAGCUUGGAGUCUACUACUUUGGCUGAUAAGGAUGGUGAAAUCUACUGCAAAGGUUGCUACGCCAAGAACUUUGGACCCAAGGGCUUUGGCUUCGGGCAGGGGGCGGGAGCGCUUGUCCAUUCCCAGUAAGGGGAUGGACUAGUUGCUCUGAAAUCUUCAUUCCAGCAGUCAAUGCUUUACCAGUACUGAACUUACCCAGA